CAAAACGCGGCACAGGAAUAGCCGCUAGGGGACUUCAUUUCUCCCACUCCGUGGAGUCCCGUCCUGCAGCGUCCGUGGCAACGGUCGCCACGACCCAUGAAAACCCCACGAAGGGGACUGUGGAGCAGAGGAGGGCCUGGGCGCUUGUCCUUUUCGCCUCCUCCUACGAGUACGUUCCCUGGAGGACAUGACAGAAAAGUUGUAAAGUUUAGUUCUUCUAGAGGAAAUGGUAAUAUUUCCUUUUGGCUAUACUAUUUUUUUUUUAGGACUGAAUUUACAACACUAUGCCCAUUUUAAAAGUGCCAGUACAUUAUAACUUUGGCAUUGUGUCCCAUGAUGAGCAUAAAAAGCUUCAUCAGAGAUUGGUGACUCAAUAUCUGGAAAAAGCGGCAGCUGAUUUUAAGAGAAGACCACGAAGAAAUCCAUUUGAACUUACUGAAGAAUUCAUUGAGAAUUUCAAUAAUGCCUCAAAAACAGAAAGAAAGGAAGCAUUCAUAGAUCUGGCUAAAAAAAUGCUUAUUAGAUGCAAGAGACGAUUGGGUCUCAAUGUAUUGGGUUGUGCGAAGUAUGUGAAUAUUCCAGUUGCAUGGACCGAGGCAAUAAUGUUAUCACAGUGCAAAGGAGAAAUUAGUGAAGAAGCUCUUGAGAUUCUUGGAAUGUCAUUGGAUCAUGCCCCCAUUGCUCCAGAACACAUCAGUAUUUUAUUUUUUAUAGCAGAAUGCAUUUUGUAUAAACUCUGUUAUGAUGCAGCACAGAAACCAUAUCUAUUCUCAUGUGAAAUCAAAUUGUUGAAGCUUGGAUUUUUAGUCUUUUUAAGACUAUUUCUGCUAUGUUUAUUUGGUUACCAGAGGUUUUCCAAAGAACACAAAUCCAGACUUCACACUGGCUUGAGAGCAUUAGCAGCAUGUGAAAUGUGCUAUCAACUUUACCCAAACAUCCUUUUUAUGGUGCAAUUUAUGCUGAAGGCUGGAGAAAUUAUCUGUGAAACAGCAGUGGUUUCUGAAUCACAAUUAGAAUCCCAGGAAAAUUUUGAAGAAAUGAAGGAAAAAGCACGUCAUGACACAACAUCCACGACUGCCAGCUCAGCUGCUGAAUUAAAUUCCAAACAAAAGCAAUUCAGAAUUAAGCCAUUUCUUUGGCACAGUCUUCUUGUUUGGGUUUGUGUACAUAAUAGCAGCUCUCAAAUAGAUGCAGUCCUCAUGCAUGUCCUAUUCUAUAAGGAACAGCUUCACCAAAAAAACUGGUUGGAAUCAGUGCUGGCCUUGAUGGUACUGGGAGAAAGUGCCAAAUUAAAUAUGUCAUGUCUGAAAAUUUUAAUGGACCUAGUGAAAUAUUUUAUUUCAAGCUCUGUGCCUCUUCUAAAACAGGAAAAGAAUAAGAAGAAAAAGAUGUCAUGUUGGCACUGGCAAAUCGGAUACAUAUAUACAAAUAUCCUCAGAGAAAUCUGUUUGCAUGGCAUUAAUGCAGAUUUACAAAAAACAGCUUUUCUUGGAUUCUGUGACUGCGGAAAGGAACAUAACGACAAAGAAUUAAGAGGAACAAAUUUUUCUGAUCUUUUGAACUUCUGCCUUCCAUCCGAUGAUUAUAACGAUCCCUUCUGGGUUAUACGUUAUGGUGUGAUCUACAAUCUUGUUAUCCUGCGUAGCGAACUCUUGGGAGAUGUGAAUCGAGAAGGAUUAAGAAAUGCUGUCUGGCGAAUUUUACAAAAACAAAAGGGUGCUGAAAAGGAUAGUCGAGUCCUGGAUGCAGCAAAAGUAGCACAGGUUGAAGCCAAAGGUCAAAUAAACACUUCCUUUUCAUUAAAAGAUCCAUCAAAUUCUACCUAUUUCUUGUCAUCCCAAUGCAUUGGUUGGAGAGUCACUACUGCCCUGUGCCAUCACUUCCUGCCACCCAUUGGUCCUAAUAUCCCUUUGUCUCAUCUGCCUGAACGGAAACCAGUAAUAUUGCCACAUCAAAAAUUGGAGCGAGUGGUUACAGAGAAGAAAACCAAACGCUUGUCUUUAAGGGAAGAACUCUUGCAAGCUGGUGUACCAAAAUAUCCAUAUCCCGAUUAUCUUACACGUACUGAUAUGGAACUAAGGAGAAUCAUAAAUGCUCAGUGGAGAAGGGAGUUGCAAAUCAGGCUUCAGCUAGAAGAGAAACUCCAAGAAUUAGAGCGUCAAGCAAAGCAAAAAUUGGAAGAUGAACACUUCAGGCAAAUAAUGAUAUGGCGCUUUGAAAAGCUGCACAAGACAACCAAGCCAUAUGAACUUCCCUUUAAACAUGAAGACACAAAAGCAACAGAAGCAAGCAGCAGCACUCAGUUGUCAAAUGUAUAACUCAUCCCAGUCACUGAUAAUAGCAUCAUCAUCACCAUCACCAUCACCAUCACCAUCACCAUCUGCAUUGAUAAUUUGCUGGAAGUUGUCAUUAUGAUUGAGGCAUAUACUACAUCAAUUUGA